AUGGCUGGAAAGCAGGGUCAGGAAGCCAUGAAGAAAGCUCUUCAGAGCGCCAAAGGUGCAGGUGCUGGAAUAGGGCUGAUCGCAGCAGCAGGAGUUGCCGUCUACGGGAUUUCCCAAUCAAUGUUUACCGUGGAUGCUGGUCACCGGGCUAUCAUGUUCAACCGUAUCGGCGGUCUCUCCAAUGAUGUAUACAAAGAGGGAUUGCAUUUCCGAAUUCCUUGGUUCCAGUAUCCCAUCAUUUAUGACAUCCGUGCUCGACCAAACCAGAUUCGCUCCCCAACUGGAAGCAAAGAUCUGCAGAUGGUCAACAUUGGCCUCCGAGUUCUUUCUCGUCCAAAUCCCGAGCAACUAGUUAGAAUGUACCGAACACUUGGGCAAAAUUGGGAAGAAAGAGUAUUGCCUUCGAUUUGCAACGAGGUUCUCAAAAGUGUAGUGGCAAAGUUCAACGCUUCGCAGCUUAUUACCCAACGUCAACAGGUGUCGAUGCUAGUUAGGAAGGCUCUCAUUGAGAGAGCACUAGACUUCAAUAUCAUCCUUGACGACGUGUCGCUCACAGAAUUGGCUUUCUCUCCUCAAUAUUCAGCUGCCGUAGAGGCGAAACAGGUAGCAGCUCAAGAAGCCCAGCGUGCGUCUUUCCUCGUUGAACGAGCUAAACAACAACGUCAAGAAAAAAUUGUUCAAGCGGAAGGAGAAGCUGCAUCAGCGAAACUGCUGGGAGAGGCAAUGAGGGCGGAUCCUGGUUUCUUGAAAUUACGAAAAAUUCGAGCUGCUCAGACUAUUGCCCGGGUUGUUUCUGAAUCGAAUAACAAUAAGGUUUACUUACCAGCUGGUGGACUUAUGCUGAAUAUAGCUGACGCUGAUUAUAUGAACAUCAACGAUGGAAAAAGAAGGUAA